UCCAGGAAUCAGGAUAGCCUUAUCAGCUGCCAAAAACCUUUACACGUAUCCUCCACCGAAACUCUCUUUGUCUCUGUCUCCUCUCCGGUCCGGAGAGACCAAAAUGGCCUUCUCAGCUUCCCUCUCCGCUCCAGCUCGCUUCCACAACCACCCACACCUUCUAGCAUUCUCUCCUAAACCCACACCAACGAUAAGACCCACCAAGCCCACAACCCCAUUCGCCAUCCCACCUCUCUCCACCGCCGACGUCGCUGCCACCUUCGACGGCACCACCGUCGCUGUUAUAGGAGGAGGCUCCGUCGCCGCCCUCGCUGCAGCGCUCUCCCUGACGGACCCAGAGAAGCGGCGCCGCCUCCAGGCCGAGGAGGUCGGCGGGGACGACAAGGAGGUUGUGAGAGAGUACUUCAACAACACGGGAUUCCAGAGGUGGAAGAAGAUCUACGGCGAGACUGACGAAGUGAACCGGGUCCAGAGAGAUAUCAGGGUCGGCCACUCCAAGACCGUCGAGAAUGCCAUCAAGAUGUUGACCGAUGAAGGUUCGCUUCGAGGUGUCACUGUGUGCGACGCUGGUUGUGGGACGGGUUCUUUGUCAAUUCCGCUAGCCAAGGAGGGCGCCAUUGUUUCGGCCAGCGAUAUUUCGGCUGCUAUGGUUGCUGAAGCCGAGAAGCAGGCAAAGGAGCAGCUUGUAGCAGGCAAGGAUGAGCUCUCGCCGGCACCAGUGAUGCCAAAAUUUGAAGUGAGCGAUUUAGAGAGCUUAGAUGGGAAGUAUGACACAGUGGUCUGCCUAGAUGUUUUGAUUCAUUAUCCACAGAAUAAGGCAGACGGGAUGAUUGCCCACCUUGCUUCAUUGGCAGAGAAACGAUUGAUUCUGAGCUUUGCACCAAAGACAUUUUAUUAUGAUCUACUGAAGAGAGUGGGAGAGUUGUUCCCAGGGCCUUCAAAGGCAACGAGGGCAUAUCUCCAUUCAGAGGCAGACGUGGAGAGGGCAUUGCGAAAGGUUGGGUGGAGGAUAAGAAAGAGAGGCCUCACCACUACACAAUUUUACUUUGCAAAGCUUGUUGAGGCUGUUCCUGCAUAAUGAGGAAGAGAGGUUAGAUAUAAGUUUUGUCGUAGAUCUAUUUGCUCUGUUUCUAGGAACAGUUAGGAACUUCCUCCAACUAUGAUGUAAAGCCUGAGUUUUUCCGUGUAUGUUUGUUAUUCUCUGCUUGUAUUAAUGGAUUCAUACAGUGUAUAGCAGAUGUCAAUGUAUUAAACUUUUGAUGCAAUUUGGCAAAAUAUUGUGGUGUUUAUCUGAA